UCACUCUAUAUAUACCCCAAGUCCGUGUCUAUGGCAUGAGAGAUCUGGGUAAACCCUAGCCGCUGCGCUCUUGAUCACGCGUUGUCUGUCUUGGAGAGAAUCUCAAGAGUUUUAAGAUCGUUAAGCUUGACGGAUAUUGAACAAUCUUGGGUUACUGAUUCAUAGUUUCUUGAGGAAGUUCUUUGGGAUUUCAAAAAGAAAAAGCCGAUAAUGUCACGGUGCUUUCCGUACCCGCCUCCUGGGUAUUUAAGACAGGGAUUGGACGAAUCGAUUAAGCUCGAGAAAGAAAAGGUUCUGCCAAAAACAGAACAGAAAAUACAUAGGAAGAGGGAGAAGGAGAAAAAGAAGGUAGGGAAAGAAAAGGAGAAAACCCGAGGUCUAACGAAGAAAUUUAAGAAGCUUGAUGAUGUUCUAAGUGGAUGUAAAGAUGAGCAAUUGGAGAACAGUGAUCUUACUGAGGAACAUGAAGCACCUGUUUGCUACAUAUCUGAUGGCUCCCAAAACAGCAACAAGAGGAAAAGGGAAAACCAAACCCUGUCCUCUAGUCAAUGCAGGGUAGAUGGGAACACCAUAAAAAUUCGGUUUACCUUGAAAAAGCCUCGAGAACCUGAUGCAACUCUUAGCAAAGAACCGGUCUGCUCUACCUCUGGAAGGUCGGAUUCUUCUACCCAGCCAGAAGCUCAAGAGCAACGUUACCCUGGGAGUAAAAAGGCAAAUACCAUUAUUCCUGUGCCUGAACAGAAACUAUGGCCUAACGAUGAAAGAGGAAAGCAAAUUCCCUCUUCUUCUGUAAUAUCUGCAUAUGAGAAUGAGAUGCAGAAGGCAUCAUUGCUGUAUACAACUCUGAUUGAGGAUUGGAUGCCACUUCCUUUCCAAGUUGAGCAGAAUGCUGUUGAUGAUAAUGAUGAUGACUGGCUUUUUAUGGCAAAUCAUCAAGGAAAACCUACGGCGAAAAGAUCUAAAGUUGACAAUAAUGUUACAUGUCGUGCUAGUGCAUCUUCAUGUCCACGUGCUCAUUUUCUUCCGGAGGCUGAGAUUUGUGCAUUGCCUUAUACGGUUCCAUUUUGAAUCGAUUGGCUUUCAAGAAUCUGAGCAUCGCUCUUCAAGGAGGGCUAUUUUUUAUCUACCGUACGAAGAGCGGCUCUGAUUCUUUUAAUUAGUUGUCUGAAUUGUACACUAGUAGUAGUGCAAGGCGGUAUAGGGCUACAUUGCCCAAUUUUGUACGGUUUGAGAAUUUUUCUAAUAGAAACAAGAGAAUGUCACCCAAAAACAAUUUCUUGUCUGACAUUUUAAAUUCUAUAUGUA